CUCUAUGGGUAUUUUGAUGAACUUUCUCGUGCUUUUGAUGCGCCAGUCCUGGCUUUGGGAGCUUCUGCUCCCCCUGCUUUAGCACAAGGGAGUAAUACGUAUUUGACGGAAAAGAUGGAUUUAGAUUUGCAAGGGGUUCCUCUAAUUCCUCUCAGAAAUAACGGGGUUCCAAUUUUAAGUCAAAGAGGGCGCGAAAGCGCUGGUCAUGCCUUUCAGAUGGCCUUAUACAAUGGUUUAAAGACUAAGAUUGGGAAGAGGCAAGGGGCUGCAGGUGGGAAGGGAUGGUGGGCAGUGCCGACUCCGGUUAGGCAUCUUGCAGCUUUUGAUAGGUCUGAUCGUACAAAGCUGUCCUUUGGCCACAUACAUACUCGGGCCUAUCUGUUCUUUGCCCAGCUUCAUGCUGCGGCUAUUUGCUUUGGGUUGGAGUGGACCCAGUGUCUGAACAAGACUUGGGGGGCAUUUGCUUGUGCUGGUAGCUGCCCGUACUGGCUGGACAGUGGAAAAACUGCUCCAGGGAUCCCCCCUGGAUUACCUCAUCAUCAUUCUACGGAUAGUGGCCCCAAGGAAUGUUUUGGGAACGGACCUUUUCAUAUCAACCCGGCUGUUAUUGGAUCGGGCGGUGAUCCCUUCAGACAGAUGGACGAGAUCUUAAGUCAGAAGAUGUUCCUGGAGGUCUUCUCAGCGGACUUCUUGUGCUCGGACCCCAAGAGAGCUACGAUGGACAAGAUCUUAAGUCAGAAGAUGUUCCUGGAGGUCUUCUCUGCGGACUUCUUGUGUUCGGACCCCAAGAGAGCUGUGUCUGGACGUUUUGUCGUUGGAUCAUCAGUUCGAAUUGGAAAUUCCUCACAAAGAAAAUUCAUAAUAUCAAAAGUUGGGGACAAGGCCUGGGUUGUGGGAGAGGGAGGUCUAGAGUUUGCAGAAAUGGCAUCUCUUUCUCGUUAUGUUUAA